AUGGGAUUUGGGGGGAGCCGCACAGCUUCUCGUCAAGAUCAGGGAGUGCGCCGAUCGGAGAGACUCAGCCGAAUCGCAUUCAACUGCGCAGUAGGAGGGAAAAAGUGGGCAGGUACCUUCUGCCAUUGGCGCUCAACUAUAAAAGCUGCGGUUUAAGCUGGGAAUACCAACAACAGCUUCACCCAUUUCUCUCUGAACAUGUCGUUCCUCGCCAACCUUUGUCAAACCGUGAGUACUUCGCAUUCCUUUCUGAAGUUUCCCUCUCUUUUUCUUUGAAGGCACUCGUCGUCUGCUUCGUGCUCCUCACCAUCUCCACCAACGAAACAUUGGCCUGUCUCGGAGGAUCCGGAGGAGGAUGCUGCAUGACUUCCGGAUGCCCCAACCCGUGCGCCGGAUACGGAAAGAAGUAA